GCAGUAACCUGGUGCAGUUUGUGUCCUCGGGCCCCGUGGUUGCCAUGGAGCUGAUGGGUGAUGAGGCCAUGUCGAUCUGGAGGAGGCUCCUGGGCCCCGGAGACUCUGCUGUUGCUCGGAAAGAGGCUCCAGAGAGCGUUCGAGCCAAGUUGGGAACAGAUGGCGUCAAAAAUGUUGGUCAUGGCUCUGACUCAAUUGCAGCAGCAGCAAGAGAGCUGGAAUUCUUUUUCCCUUCAACAAUUGGCCAUGGACCCUCGAAUACAGCCAUCUUUACAGACUGCACGUGCUGCAUAAUCAAACCUCACGCCAUAUCAGCAGGUGAGGAACAUUUCUAUUU